AUGAUGGAGGCGAACCAGACAAUGGUGACCGAAUUUAUCCUGCUGGGCCUCUCUGAAACCUGGGAAGUCCAACUUUUCAUAUUUCUCCUCUUCCUCAUCCUCUACAUGGCUAGUGUCUUCACCAACAUUCUUAUCCUCUCAGCAAUUUUCAGUGAUCACCACCUUUCAGAAUCACCUAUGUUUUUUCUGCUGGGUCAACUAGCUUUCCUGGACCUCUGCUUGCCCUCUUUUGCCAUUCCAAAUUUCUUUGAUUUCCUUGUCAAACACCAUGUCAUUUCCUUCCAUGGCUGCAUGGCACAAAUCUUCUUUCUCCAUCUCUUUGCAGGCAGUGAGAUGCUCCUGCUUAUAGCCAUGGCCUAUGACCGGUAUGUGGCCAUUGCCCAUCCUCUCCGUUAUGCCUUACUCAUGAACCGGCACCAUUGCGUGGGGCUUGGGCUCGCUUCCUGGGCCGGUGGGUUCCUGCAUGCCACUGUGCAACUGGGUUUCAUCAUUAAUGCGCCUUUUUGUGGACCCAAUCAAGUGGACAGCUUCUUCUGUGACCUCCCCUUGGUCAUCAAGUUGGCCUGCAAUGACACCUACCCCCUGGAAAUCAUGAUGAUCACCAACAGUGGCAUUAUGUCACUGGUGUGUUUCAUUGGCCUGCUUCUCUCAUAUGGUUUCAUUCUCUACACGAUCCACUCCAGGAGCCCCUCUGAAAGGAGCACCAAGGCUGCCUCCACAUGUACCUCUCACCUGAUUGUGGUCACCAUGUACUUUGGGCCAAUUAUGUUUAUUUACCUCUGUCCAUCCACCAUGCUCAUGAUUGAUAAAGUGCUCGACAUUGUCUCCCUUUUUGUCACCCCUUUGCUGAACCCAACUAUCUAUGCUUUGAAGAACAAGGAGAUGAAGGCUGCCCUUGGAAGUCUACUGUGUAGGCUUUCUGGACGGGUCUCCACUCAGGGCCAUUAA